ACUGAAGAGCAUCGGCUAUUGGAGCUAUUUUUAAGCACUGGGGCGACAUUUUUCUUGUUUUCUCCCCGAUUCGCCUGCGAAAACACACAAAAAUUCGCAAAAAAAAAGAGCAAGCCGCCAGAUAUAUUAAUAAAAGCAGCGCUGCUUCUACGUGGGAUUCGGUGGAUUGGUUGGGUUCUACUGAAAUCACUGCAUUCGUGAUUUCGCCCGUGGAGUUGCACAUCGUCUGUCUCUAUAGCUGGCUGAAAGAGUAAGAUUGCAAGAUGAAUGUGGAGAAGCUGAAGCGCCUGCAGGCCCAGGUGAGGAUCGGGGGGAAGGGCACUCCGCGGCGCAAGAAGAAGGUCAUGCACCAGACGGCGGCCACCGAUGACAAGAAGCUGCAGAGCUCCCUGAAGAAGCUCUCGGUCAGCACGAUCCCGGGCAUCGAAGAGGUGAACAUCAUCAAGGACGACCUGACCGUGAUUCACUUCAAUAACCCCAAGGCGCAGGCCUCCCUUUCGGCCAACACCUUCGCCGUCACGGGUCACGGGGAGACCAGGAAGGUCGUGGAGAUGCUGCCCGACAUCCUGCCCCAGUUGGGCCAGGAAACGGUCGUCCAGCUGCGCAUGUACGCCAAUGCCAUGAACAAUCAGAAGGGUGGAGCAACGGGAGAAGGCCCCAUUCCCGCCGAGGAGGAUGACGAUGUGCCGCAGCUCGUCGGCGACUUCGAUGAGGUGGCCAAGGUGGAGGCCACCAGCAAACCGGCGGAGCAGGCACCCAAGGAUUCGGUGGAUAGCAAGCCAAAGGAUAAGCAACAGCCGAAGAAGGACCAAAAGCAGCCGCAGAAAGCACCGGAGAAACCCAAGGAGAAGCAGGAGAAUAAGAAGGGUCAGCAGGGCAACAAGGAUAAGGCUGAUAAGGGAAAUAAGAACAAGGAUCAGGCCAAGGCUCCUCAGCCAGCUCCUCAGGCCAACAAGGAAAAGACACAAGCUGCGGAGGCUCCCAAGCAGGAAGCUCUUCCAAAGCCAGCGGUAGAGGCAAAGAAGGAACAAAUCAAACCUGUUGACCAGAAGAUUGAAACCAAGGCGGUGGAACCAAAAGUGGAGCAGGCCAAGCCCGCUGAGCAGAAAGUUGAGUCACCCAAACCGACUGAGAAACCCAAGCAGAUUGAGCAGCCCAAAGUCAUUGAACCAAAGGUGGAACAGCCAAAACCAACUGGACAACAAGUGGAUCAGAACACCCAAUUAAAACCCACUGAAACGAAGGUGGAGCAACCGAAGAUUGAGGUUAAACCAGAGGAGCCAAAGCCCGAACCGGCGAAGGAGACGCCAGGAAAGGCGGCCACUCCACCGGCCGUCCAGACUCUAGCUCAGAUCGUGGCCUCCGAGCCACCUAAGCAGGCCAAUCCUCCAGAGAAACCAGCCGUUGAAGUGGCAGCGGCUCCUAAAAUUGAAGAACAGAAAAAGGAGUCGCCUCCUCCAGCCAAGUUGGAGCCAACGACGCCUCCAGCUGCACCUGUGGCCACUGCUGAGCCUACCAAGAGUGCUCCCAAACAGGAUUCUCCUCCAAAGAGUGCUACCAAACAGGAUUCACCACCAAAGAGUGCUCCCAAACAACCCUCACCUCCCAAGAACACCCAGGAUAAGCCCAUUGCAACGGAGAAACCAAAGCAGAAGACUCCUCCGCCAGCCAAACAGGUUACUCCGCCAGCUCCAGAAGCUAUCAAGGCGCCAGCACCGGAAGUUUCCAACGCGCAGAUUACUCAGGCACCACCGAAGCCACAGGAUCAGGCUGCCAAACCAGAGACGCCAUCAGUUCCCGCUCCGGCCACUCCUGCCGAGGCGCCAUCCCCCUUGGCUCCCUCCACUCCGCCCUCGACUCCCACCUCUGUGCCACCUUCUGCAGCUGCUGUGACUCCACCAUCUCCCGCUGCAGUCACUCCGCCGUCGCCUGCAGCAGUUACUCCGCCCCAGAAACAGGCUCCUGCUGCCCAGGCCCCGAAGAAACAGGAGGCAGGAGGACCGAAGCCAAAGCAGCAGCAGCAACCGGCUCAAAAUAAACCACAGCAGGCGCAGAAGCAGCCACCAGGAGGAGCAGGAGCAGCUGGAGCAGGAGGAAACAAGCCGCAGCAGAAGCAGCCACCCAAUGCCAAUGCCACUGCCAAGCCAGCUGUGGCUCCGAAGCCAGCUCAGCCGGCAGGGAAACCAGCUAAUGCAGCCCCAAAGGCACCAAAUCAACAGCAACAGCAGGGAAAACCAGCCAACAAGGCUUCUCCUCCCAAGCAAACGGGACCAACUGGAGGACAGCAGAAGCCGGCGGCGAACUCCCCGAAGGCCACGCCCUCUCCAAAGGCGGGAGGCUCCCCGAAACCCGCCACCCCGAAGGCGGGAACCCCUCCCAAUCCCAAUCCCAAUCCCUCUGCCGCCCCUGGAGGCCCCAAUUGA